UGUGCUGAGCAAAGGCCAGAGCCCCAGAAGAAAACAGGGCUGACUGAGCAAAGCCACCUUCGUCCCUGGGGGGUGUGCACUGCUGGCAAUGAGCUCUGUGCUCUCAGCCUUCGUGAGAGAGCUCCCUGGCUGGUUCCUGCUCUCUGGGGUCUUCCUGCCUGUGGCUUUGCUGCUGGUCCUCCUCAUCGCCUACUUCAGGAUCAAACUGAUUGAGGUUAAUGAAGAACUGUCCCAGGCUCCUUAUCGUUCCCGCCAACAAAGUCUUAAAGAUAGUUCCUCGUUGCACCGGAGAAUGAAACGGCGUGACUAUCGGGGAAUGACCAAGGCCAAAGCAUGAUGAAUUUCCACUACCUGGACAGCAACAGACAGCAGGUUAGCUAACAAUGUAGGCCGAUACAGAAUCCUAGGACACUUGCUGUGAACCACGUUGAAAAGGGGCAACUAUCAUCUAACAGAACUUCAGUGAAACUCAGUUCUGAAAGUAUGAAGAAUGUAAGAUUUUCUUGAAUAUACUCAAUGAACUGGACACAUAACUUUUCUUUCUUUCAUUGUCAUUGUCUACUCAUCAGGGCACACUUUAAAAAUGCAAUUCUUAAAAAUUUCUUAAAUAAUAUGCUGGAAACCCACAUUAUUCUGAUUUGAAAGGUGAAGAAAUUUUGGUAGAGAGAAAAUGAACAGUGAAAGUGGAGUGCCUUGCAGAGAGCUUUGAAAAUUUCCUUUGCAAAAGUUUCCACUUGCUCCUCUGCCAGUGCAGCAACUCCUUAAGUGACACGGUUUCUGUCUGAAUUUCUGGGCCUGAGUUCACAUUCCUCCUUUUCCCAACUGCUUACACAAAUCAUUAUUGUGAUAAUACACCACAAUACAAGUAGGCUUCCUAUCCUAGCUAUGGAUCACAUGUCCAUCAUGAUGGGACUUAAAAAUACUGACAAUUUCGUGCUGGGUACAGAAAAGGAGAAGAGAAUCUUCACAAAAUUCAUAAGGAGAGUAAUUUAAACUUUUGCCUCUAAAAAUCAAAAUACCAGGGAGCCAUUUCUAUAUAUGGAAAGAAGUCUACAUUUCACUAGCAAAAUAAUCCUUUUCGUGGGAGCCCUAGAAGACAACAGAGACAACUGAAAAGAAACAUUUAAUUCAAGGUGGUAGCUAAAACAGACUGUGUUAUUAUUGUGUGCUCCACAUUUUCCCAGCAAGUUCAAAACAUCCCAUGUCUGGUUAAAUUCCAAUUUUUGGCCAUGAAUAUAAUAAGCUAUUAGAGUGA